AUUGUAUGAUAAAACUAAUAGAUAUUGAUCGGUUAGUUUUUUUGUUAUAGAGGGCAGCAGUGAAAUAGAGAACAAAUCGAAAUGAUGAAUCCGGACGUCGAGAUGAGGCAGCGGCUUUUAGCCGAUGAUUCUAAACCUAAUGUUACUGAUCCGUCAUAUGAUCAUAGUCUACCAUAUGGAGGAAAGGUUUAUCUUGCCAGGAGGAAGAAACCAGACCCAAUGUGGGUCAAAAUUUUGGAGGCUGUAGCUCUUCUGGGAACAUUCUUAUUUUGUUUAUAUGCAUACUACAACUUUGACCACCUCCACUUCCAUGUGAACCAUGGCUAUGCUCAUCUAGGAUACUCUUCUGCCCAACACCAAGUGGGUCAGAGAUAUCUCCAUGGAGUAGGAGUGGAGAAACAUCCUGAAAGAGCAAUGGAGUGGUUUCAGAAAGCAGCAGACCAGGGGCAUCCCCAUGCAUCUUACAACCUGGCUAUAGGACACCUGAAGGGCAUCAAAACAUCCCUUAAACCAGGGGAAGCCCAUCAGUUGAUAAACCAUGCUGCUGCAAAUGGCGUAAAGGAGGCACAUAAAACCCUCAACCAUGUCUGUUCUAAAGGGGGCUGUAAUAUAUAG